GAGUUUUAACUAGGGGCAACGAGGACCGGUGUUCUAAACGUGUCCCGGAGAACCGGACGGAACGGGCCCAGGAUGGAUGGAGGUGUCACCGGAGACGGUUCGGGCGUCCGCGGAGGGUCCGGCACCGUUUGGCCGUUGGAUCUGAACCGAACAAAGCACGUACCGGUGUUCAGAAGAGAGAAGACCAUUCAGGGACACUCCUGGCUUCAACACCGGCUCUGAAGAGUCCUUUACCCGUAACUGGGACUGGAAACCCGUCCACGACCCGGUCCGGUCCGGUUUUCGAAUGGCGGCUUAGACCGGGACCGGGUUAGAUUGGACAGAAGUUUUCUCCGGUAAAUGAGGGGAGUGGAGUCAGAGGAGCCUGACUGUUUUGUGACGCAUGCGCAGUAGCAGUUCCACGGUGGCUGGAAAUUGUAAACAACGGAGAAGAAUUCUGCAGGUUGGGUUCCGAACCGUCCGUCCUUCAUGGCCUUCAGCUCAUCCUCAUCCUCACUGUGGACUGUGUACGUGGUGGUGGUUUCCCGCUGCUGCUGUGCGGAUCUUCAGGUGAUGAUUAAUCCUGGACAGGAUGUUGCUCUGCCUUGCUUCAGUCCUCCAGGCAAUGUCAAUGUGUUGGAGUGGGUCAAACAAGACCUGGAAUCCCCACUCUACGUCUUCUUCCUGAGACGGAAUCUUGUGGUGGAGUCCUUCCUCCACCCAUCCUUCAGGACCCGGACGGCGCUCUCAGAUGAUGGUAUCCACGGAAACAUGACAGUGAUUCUGAGGAAUGUAACCAUCAAAGACACCGGGACGUACGAGUGUCGAGUUUCAGUCGACACGGCCAAAAGUCGAAAGCCAGCUCUCCAAAACAUCGUUCACCUGAAGGUUGAAGAGGUCUCAGAGGAUCCGGACUCUUUCAAACCCCCCUUGGUAAACACCCAGACGCGCCAGGACCUGUUUGACGUUCUGUCUGUGGCUGUUGGUGUUGGUGUUUUCCUUCUCUUCAUUAUUAUUAUUCUUUCCUCUUUAUGUUGGUAUAGACGCAGGACCAUAAGUCAGAGAUUGCACACAGAGAAUACAAAGCGUCAUGACACAGGAACCAUCCGAAAUGUCAGUUUUACUCCUGAACGUGUGUCCUCAGAGUCAGUACCAAUUAUUGGUAGUCAAUAGCCAUGGUUCUACGACGUGGUACCGGCUCGACUUGACUCUGGUACCAGGUACUAUUCCUGGAGACUGUUUCCAUUACAGGGUAGAUACAGUCGGCAGUGACAUCACAGCUGGGGGUGGGGAAAGCCCACUGGGAAAACAAUCCUUCUCCCCCUGUCCACUAUCCUGUGAAAACAGGGAAUUUAAACUUGUUUUGCUAAUGCUAACAAAUGGGAAGGGGGGGGCUGUGGUUCAGUUAACAGGUCGUCCAAUGGCCAAAGGGUUGAUGGUUCAAAUCCUGACUCCGACUGUCAACACGUCGAAGUGUCUUUGGGCAUGACACUGAACCCUAAAGGGCCUCCAGUAGAGUCUGGAAGCACCCACUGGUGUAUGAGUGUGUGUGAACGGGUGGACGUGUACUGGAAAACAUCGACAUCUGAACACGAUCAUUUUCACAUGUUCCAUUGGCAUUUUUUACUUGAAUUAAGCAAAAAAAUAUGCCAAUGGAACAUGUGAAAAUGAUCUUGUUCAGAUUAGUGUAACUCAGAUUUUCCAGAUCUA